GAAUCUGGGUUGCAAAGCUGCCGAACAGGUAUAAAGAACCAUGAUUAUCUCCUUCGGCUGACAGUAGACACCGUGGUAUCCACAUGUUCCGCUGAACUACACAAUCCCUUCUUCUCCGCCCGAUAUGGCAUAUCUUCUCUAGAAGCUUGACUCCAAUUCGAUUUCCCCUUCUACCUUUUUCUUUUCUUUCGCACUUCUAUUCAACAUGCCUACAUACACGGAAGAUGACCUCGAUGGUCUCGAGGAGGCUGCUGAGAACGCAAGCCCAGAUCAACAGUCGAUAGGCCUGGAAUUUGUGGCCGGGGUUCUUGAAGGGAACUCCAUUACCUACGGUGUCAUGGGAGGAAUGAACUUCUAUCUGCCUGGUUCGGGCCGCGCGACCGGAGAUGUUGACAUUGCCGUGGACAAUCCGCCCCGGAUGGGUGACCUGCUGACUGUCUUUGACAACCAAGAGAGGGUUUUCAGGCCGGCCAACAGGAUGCAGUGGGUUUCUGGCGUCGCUAGGAUCUUCGUCAGUGUCCAAAGUCAGCUCGUACAGCUCGAUCUCAAGCCCAAGGGAGCUGAGGGCCAUCUCAUCCCCAGUAAUAUUGCGGGAUCCGUCGACAGGAUGAGCUUCAGAACUACCCAGGGUCCCUUCGACUGCUACCUGUUGGCAAUCGGGCCACUCGUGGCAGCCAAAAUCGCCAUGCCCCGCACCCCCUCUCCCCCGGCCAGCCAGGCACCCGGGCUCGGCCCUGGAGGCAACGGCCGAGGAAGCAGCGGCGGGGCCGUCUACGGCGGCUACCAGGGGCGGUGUCCAGUCAAGCACUAGGGGACGAGGGGGCGGUGCCGGUUACGGCAAUGGUGGCCAGGGCUCUUCUUCCUCAACGUCUUCCAGGCACAAGGCCUUGGCAUCAUCCUCCAGUGCCGGUCAAUCCUCUUCCAGCCGUGCACCGCAGGACGGUGACAAGUCCAAGGACGGGUAUUGGAAGUACAGCACCAAGCACAAAGACUGGUACCACAAGCACAGCAACGGGGAGUAUUCGUGGACAUCUAAGAAAUAGUUGUCCAGGCAGGUUAUCACGUUAGUAGGAGGUUUAAGGGGCAACUCGAAGAGAACUUGGGUAAUGUAACGGCUUUGUACUCCUGCCUUCUUGUCUUGAGAUUUGAAAUUGGCGUUUAAUUGGUUGGUAUUACUUAGUUUACAUGAUCAAACUCGACAUCUGGACAAAACAUGAACUAGAUUUUGUUCUA